AAGAGUCCAGUUUUCUCUGAAUGGCUGACAAGCACAUGUCAGGAGACGGCAAGGAUGGCUUCAAUGGCUCUCUACUGGAUCCUGAGGUUUACACAACCAAUGAAUCUACUGAAGAGGAGCCAGAAAACCCAAACCUGUGGCCCAGACCUCUGGCUCGAAAAUGGAUCCUGAUGCUGUUUGUAGGCACCUGCCUCCUCUACUGUGCCAGGAUGGCCAUGCCAAUCUGUGCCGUAUCAAUGGCAGCCACUUUUCACUGGAGUAAGAUCGAUUCUGGGCUGGUUCUGGGUGGAUUCUUCUGGGGUUACUGUUUCACACAGAUCCUGGGAGGACAUGCCAGUGACAAAGUGGGAGGAGAGCGUGUCCUGUUCAUCUCUGCAGCCUCGUGGGCUCUGAUCACAGCUGCGACUCCUCCUCUGGCCCAGCUCAGCUCUCACACUCUCGCUCUCAUGUCUAUGGCCAGAUUCCUUAUGGGACUAUUGCAGGGUGUGUUUUUUCCGUCUUUGGCCAGUCUUUGCUCACAGCGUGUAGUGGAAGGGGAGCGGGGCUUUUUAAUGAGCACCAUGCACAGCGGUGGUCAUCUUGGAACACUGCUGGCAGGUGGGAUGGGAUCCUUUAUGCUGGACCGGUACGGCUGGGAAAGCAUGUUCUACGGCAUUGGUUUCCUGUCUGCACUGUGGGCACUGGUUGUUUGGCAGUGUUUCUUAAAAGGUGAAGUUACCCCCAAGCAGCUGGAAACAAGUAAUGACUCACAAUGGAGUUUAUCAAGCGCUCGCUGGCUGAGUCUUUUUAAGAAGCCCCCUGUCUGGGCUAUGGUUUUUGCUCACAUGUGCAUGAGCAGCACUUUCUACACUUUAUUGUCAUGGUUGCCAACAUACUUCAAAGAAUCAUUUCCACAUGCUGCGGUGUGGGUGUAUAAUGUAAUCCCAUGGCUAACUGCAAUUCCAUCAGCACUUGGUGGAGGAUAUCUUUCAGAUUUUCUCAUCAACCGUGGAUAUAGCAUAGCAUUGGUGAGAAAGACAAUGCAGUUCUUUGCCAUGGGCGUAUCAAGUAUGUUUAUUAUGCUCCUGUCUGGAGGAGCGUUUACCUCAUUUACCUCUGCAGUGAUUUUUGUUUCUGCUGCUGUGGGUCUGUCCACCUUCACCAGCAGUGGUGUGUCUGUGAAUGUGCAGGAUCUCACGCCGUCCUGUGCUGGUGCUCUCUAUGGUUUUAUGAAUAUGAUGGGUUCUUUUAUGGGACUGGUGUUGGUCUCGUUGUCGGGCUACCUGAUCGAGGUCACUCUGUCGUGGGCCUCAGUGUUCUCCCUCAUCACUUUAAUAAAUGCCACUGGUCUUGGGAUCUUCCUCAUAUUUGGAGAUGCUCGUCGUGUCGACCUGGAAAAUUAUAGCCAGGCUACUGUGGUUUGACCCAGACCUUUUGCUGCAAAUGCCAGUGUAUGCUGAAAUCCGUUUUUUUUUUUUUUUUUUUUUUUUUGCUGAAACUGGGUUUGACUUUUGCAGAAAAUUAUAAACAGCUGUUCAGUGAUUCCUUUGUCAUUGUUUUGACAAGGGAAUCACAUUUCACUGCUGCAUAAAACAGCAUGGACAUAGACUUCCUCCUGAAAAUGAAGGAACUUACAGGCAUGUUUUUGUUCUGUUGUGUUUACUGUAAGUCACUCUGGAUGAGACUGUCAUCCAGAAUGUGAACUGAAUUCUACAGACGUUUAUGACUGUUUGAAUAUUUAAUGUAGAGAGUUUGAUUUCCACAUAAAAAUGUCAACAUUAAUAACAACUUGAUACAAAGUGCGAGCAGCUUAUCAGUGUUACGUCUAAAAACAUGGCACAAAAUAACACACAAAAUGAGAAACAGCCAAAUAAAACUUUCUUCUUGUUGACAAGUUAACAACUGUUGAGUGUCAGUGUCACAUCUUUUGUGUGAUGUCUGAGAGUCCACUCAGUUAAGUAUACUGUAUGUACAAUGGAAUUCAAAUUUUAUUCUCUCAGUAACAGGGCAAAAAAAUCGAAAUAAAUUGCUAACAAAUGUGAUGAGGAAGGUUUGUCAGCUUGUAUAAAGGUUGCUUAUAUUGUCACAAAUAUUAUUUAGUUUUUAGUUUUAGUUUUUUAAGUGUUGUAACCGCAAAGGAGGGAUUUUUGUAGAGCUUAACAGUGCAUGAGGUCUGCUAACAUGUUGUUUCUUUAAAAAAAAAAAUAAUAAUUUGAUGAGUUCAGUGAA